AUUCCGCUGUCUGCCAGCCGCUAAUAAACAUCAACAAGGACGAGAGCGAGCGGUGGCUACAGCUAGCUGUCGGGACCAAUAUCGCGCGUGUAUCAGAGGAAUCAUGUUUGAAAACUUCAGAGAAAAGCUUCACAUCGUCCAGCAGGAUUUCACAACGGGCUUCAAGACACUUGGAGACAAAUCAAGAAAUACCAAAAUGAAGAGGAGACCCAGGUUUGAAGAGCAUGUUCCUCAUUUCAGUGCUGGCCUGGAAGUCCUGAACAGGUAUGAGGAGAGUUGGUUUCUGCUGCAUAAAAGAACGAAGGACUGUGCUCAGGCUGCAGAGGCACUGGAUGGUGACAUAGUGAUGCUCUCUGCACACUGGGAGAGAAAAAUGACGUCACUAACACAACUGCAUGAACAACUGCAAAGCUUGCCAGCCUUUAUCAGCGAUCUUGAUGCCAUCACUGCUAACAUAGCUCAUUUGGAAGGCGACUUUGAGGAAAUGGAGAGCAGACUGGUUUACCUGGAGGCACUGUGUUUACAGUGUGAGCAGCAGACAGCCAAACAGCAACAUAUCAACCAAUCAGAAAACUACAAGAAAAAAAAAAGGAGGGAGUUGGAAUUACUGGAAGAGGAGUUGGGUUCUGAGCAUGCUCAGAAAGUAGCAGAGCUGGAGCUGGUCAUGCAGCAAAAACUGAGAGAGCGACAGAAAGUUUAUGAAGAAGCCUUUAACCAAGAUGUGGAAAAAUACCUGUCCACUGGAUACCUGCAGAACAGAGAGCCAGCAGGUGCUGAUGUUUGCUCUCUGGAUCAGGUGACACUAACUAACAUAUCAGACCAAGAGGCUUUGGAUGACUUCCUCAACUCCAGUGGAGAUGAAGUCAAUACUGAGUCAUCAUUGACAUCAGGUCCAGACCUUACACGUUGCUCUUCUGAAUCUUCGAACCAAACCUCUCCCCCAAACGACCAGCUGUCCAACAAGGAUGUAUUCUGGCAGCCAGAGGAGGAACUGGCCAGUCAGGAGAGUGAUGAGCUUCUGGUGCAGUCAGACGAAGAGGAUAUUCAUCCAGAUAUGGCACUGGUUGGUCUCCAUGAUGUUGGUACACUCAGAGGCUCUGAUGAUAGUGAUAGUUCAGGAGACCUGCGCACUGGCACCUAUGCCCUUGGAAAGGCCUGAAUGUUGGAACUGUUGCUACUGCAUUGAUUUAGCAGGGCUUAGAGCUUUUUCUGGUUCUCAAAGAUCUUCCAAAUGUUAGUCUACAAUGCUUUUUUAAAGAUAUAUUUUCUUUGUUUUUUCAAAAUGUAAAGCUUUUGAAAAUAUGAAUUGAUUCUACUAACCACAUGUAGGCAGGUCAGAAAUGUAUUCGAACCAAAAUCAUUGUUGGUUUGUUUAAAAAUUUGAUGACCUAACUGAGCCUUUAACAUUAGGGCGCUGUAUGCAAAGUGUUUCACAAUCAUAAGUAUUUAUCACCUGUUAUAAAAAUAUCAAUCUGUCUAUGUCAUAGCAGUGUUUUGCAUGUUUAUGUGAAAUUUAUGAUCUUUUGUCAGUUUUGAAACCCGGCAAGCUGAUGAUGAUAAAUUCUCCUGACUUACUACUGACUUAGACAAAUGUCUAAUGGAUGGUUUUCAUAUUGUAAUGUUUGUUUGUUUUUUUAAUGAAUUACAUUUGAGGAUGA